AAUAGCCAGGAUAAUGCUAAAUUAGUGUCCGAAAGGAAAAUGGGGUGGAAGUUCAUAGCAAAUGUAUGUCGAUAACCUUCACUGAUUUUUCUCGAAUUACCCGGUAUAGAUUUGCUGCCAUCUCAGAUGUUGCUGGACUUACUACAUUUAAAUAGGAAAUUCAGCAGUCUUAUUCUUGGACUCCCCCGAAAACUGAUCACCUUUGAACAUGCCACCCAUGUCGCCAAGUGCUGCUCACGUUUUCUCCUCGCCUUAAAUCCACGUAAACUUGCAUGAAUAUAUAUACACACACAUACAUAUGAAGUGCAGAAACAUAUAUCAAGAAACAAGCCAGUUUAGUGGCAGGGUGCGGAAUUGUUAAAAAUGAGGUGGUUUCUUCUGACUGUUUUUCUUCUGAAUUUGCUGCAUCUGGCUGACAUAGCCGCGACCUUCAUCCCGAAACAGCAGCCUCUGAUGGGCCGUGUUCUACCAAAGGCUAAGGCGGCCCCUGUGCUGCCUCCAUCUGCUUUUCUGUCGACAACUUAUUAUCUCAAAUCAUGCCCCAACCUUGAAAGCAUCAUCCACCAAAAAGUGAAUGCUUGGGUUCAGAAAGACAGCACUUUGGCAGCUAGCAUCAUCCGCCUCCACUUCCAUGACUGUGCCGUCAGGGGUUGCGAUGCUUCAAUCUUGCUGAAUCACCCCGGCAGCGAGAGGUCAGCCGAAGCCAGCAGAACUUUGAGAGGUUUCACACUGAUCGACGAUAUCAAGGCCGAGGUGGAGAGACAGUGCCCAAAAACCGUCUCCUGUGCCGACAUUCUCACUGCGGCAGCCCGAGACGCCACUCUCCUUGUCGGAGGUCCGUUCUGGGAAGUCCCGUUCGGGCGAAAAGACGGGAAAUUUUCCAUCGCUAAAGAAGCCAACAACGUCCCUCAGGGCCACGAGAACGUCACAUCCUUGCUCAAGUUCUUCGACAAAAUGGGGUUAACGUUUGUGGAUUUGGUCGUCCUGUCGGGCGCGCACACCAUCGGCAGAUGCAAUUGCUAUUCUAUCCAGCAAAGGCUCUAUAACUUCAAUGGGACGGGGAAGCCUGAUCCAUCCCUGAACAUCAACUACUUGAAUUCAUUGAGGAAACAAUGCAGAUUGAGCUCCAACUACGUCAAUCUUGAUGUGACAACUCCGAAGACUUUCGACGUGGCUUAUUACACGAAUCUUGGCAAGAAACUGGGGCUCUUGUCCACUGAUCAGUUGCUUUAUUCGGAUUCAAGAACCAGGUCGCUGGUUGAUCUGAUGGCGUCGCAGCCGGAGUUCUUCAUCGGCCAGUUUGCGGUGUCAAUGGUGAAGUUGGGAAAUACUAACGUUCUGACAGGGAAGAAGCAGGGUGAAGUGAGGCAGAACUGCAAUUAUGUAAACUAUUGAUGUUCAUUCAUGGAGGGUUUUAAUGAUUUUAUUUCCCAGCAUACCAAAAUAAUGGUUUUGUUUUCUGUUUGCGUGGUGAGUGUAUUUGUUUGUACCAUUACAUCAACACAUCCAAACGUAUUUGUUUAAUUCAUAUUCUUUCAAA